CCAUCAAUUUAUCGAUAGAUUUCGAUUAUCAACCCUGUGUAGCUGUCGCGGUGAAAACAAGUCAAUCGCAAUUUAUUGUAACAAUUUCACAAAAGAAAAAGGAAAAGAAAGUUGAAUUGGCAGCAAAAGGUGACGACGCAAGCAAGACGAAAAAAAAAAAAUAGCAUCGACGUAUACGUAAAAUUAUUGAACGACAAUUAAGGUAGGCAGUGAAAAUAAUAUGAAAUAUUAAAUGUUGAUCAAAAAUAACAGUCCAGUCAUCGUUAUUUGGAUAAGAAAUCAGAUUUAUGCAAAUAAUCAAAAAAAAAAAAAAAAAAUUCAAAUUAAAAUAAAAAAUAAAUAAAUUUCGGAACGAGGAGGGAAACAAAAUGUCCGCUGCUUUGGACGAAUUUGCGACUCUCGACGUAACCGCAAUGGAACAUGAAUUUUUUGAGUCCGACGCCGCUACCGCAAUGUCAUGCCGUGCACCCUUCGAACCCGAGGAUCAAUACAAGCAAUUGCGCCGACCGAAUCCCGCCGGACCAGGUGCUGCCGGACCACAACUUGCUGCCGUUGGAAUGCCGUUGCCGUUAGAGCCGCAGGCGCAUGCAUUUCAUGAUUUUGUUAGUGUGAGCUACGCUGGCUAUGCGGCUGGUCCAGCUGUUAAUUAUGCAGCUGCAACACAGCAGCAGCCAACUGAUGGACAGCACAGAUAUGGGCCAUCGAAGCUAUCGAUAACCGCGAAUGUUUUUGUACCUAACCAGUCGAAUAACGGUGGCAUGGAUAAGGGGAUAAGGGGAGGCCCAGCAGCACCUCAGGCACAUCAACAACAACAAUAUCAGCAACAACAUCAAUCAUCUGGGCCAACACCGUACGCACAACAACAUCAACAACAGCAGCCACGCUAUAUGAAUGGUUACAAGCAACAGCAUCAACAUCAACAAAAUUAUAAUCAUCAUCAGCAGAAUCCGAAUCAGAAUCAGAAUCAUCAGUUCAACAAUGAGAUUCAGCAGCUAUCAAACUCGGUGAAUGCUCGUCUGUAUUUUGGCAACAAGGCACCUCAUAAUGGUGGCAAUUAUUAUCAGCAACAACAACAGCAGCAGCAGCAGGUACAAACACUGCAACAACACCAACAGCACACACAACAACACCAAUCACAAUCGAAAUUUCAACGUCAUGCGCAUUUAAAUAAUUCAUUCCAACAAAUUGCACAACAGCCGCAGCAGCAGCAAUAUUUCCAUCAACAACAACAUCAGCAGCAGCAACAUCAGCAGCAGCAACCAUCGACUUCAUCGGCUGCAGCAUCAACUUCGUCAGCUUCGUCUCAUCCGGACAUGGAGACGAUUGCUUUAGAGUAUCUUGAUACUGUAAUACAUUGCCUUAACCAGAAUCCCGGACAAUUUGAUACAAUUGCAUCACGUUUCCUAACCAUCUUUGAUGGCAUGGAGAGUAACAACUAUGUACUUUCGAUCGCCAUGGAGGAUAUAUUUGAGAAAUCAAUUGAGCAGCCCAAUUUUCGAUACAUGGGCGCUAAAUUGUACAAUCUAUUGCACAUGCUGAAUCUCAAGCCGGAUUCGUUGUUCCACACUUUGCUCAAGUGUAAGCUGGAGUAUCACCAGGCUGAGGUGACCAAGUACAUGCAAUCGAUUGAACAGCAGCAAAAGGUGCGAGAGACAGCUCUAUUCCUCGCCGAAUUGUACAUGCAACUGCGCGGAGAUGAUGAUGCCCGCAUUCAAUUGAUUGCCAUUAACAUCGUGUACUCAUUGAGGAAGCUUCUGGCCUGCGAGAGUGCCGAGAAUGUGCGCUGCAUUUGCCAGACAUUGAAGUUGGCCGGUUAUGAUUUAAGCGCUGAUUGCCAACAAGACAUGCAAAUUAUAAUUGCUGCAUUAAAAGCGAUUGAAGCAAAGUCGCCUGGUAAAUAUGCAAUGGCUGCCAAUGUGAUUGCAUUGCAACAGAACAAUUGGGGUCGAAAGGUUCUAAACGCACUUGGUGGAGAUGAUGGUGAUGUGGCCAAGCCACCAGAGCCACCACGUCUGAGCGAUGAGCCAGUGUUUUAUGGCCCCGAUGGGCGUGAGCUAACGGCCGAGGAGAGUGAUUUUCUUGCUGCUGAAGAUGAUGCCAACGGCAGUGAUGGCGAUGAUUUUGAUGUCAGAGAUAAUGACUUGGACCUCGACCCAGAAAUGGACGAAGAGACUGAGCGUGCAUACAAGGACUUCUGCAAGCAAGGCAAACAAUCGCAGGCAAACAAAAAAUCUUAGAUUUUACCUAUAUAUACUACUAGUAUGUGUAUAAGAAACUGUGUGGUGUUUAUUUGGCGUGGCAGACGACGAUGAUGAUGACAAAUAUAUACAUACAUACAUACAUAGGUUACCUUUAGGUAUACACUAAUCGCA